AUGUCCGACUCAUGGGGUCACGAUCAGGUCGGCUCACAAUGUCAGAUGCCUCAGACAACACAUCGAGCACUUCAUACACCAUUUGCUCUCUUUGGUUUGGGAAGGUCACCAAAUUUUGUUGAUUAUGUGCAUAUUGGCUCUCCACGUGUGCCAUUGGCGGGUGGUCUAUAUUACGGAAACCAACAUUAUUAUUUGAAACAAAUUGUGCCGAAUUCAAGACUAAUUGUUGUUCCACCUAAAGGUGAUGGAGUUCAUUGGCAGAGCAGACUUUACCUUACUCCUAGCCAGCUGAUAAAGCAGUCGUUGAUGGUAUUAAUAUCAAUUUGUAUGAUACUUUUAUUGGUGGUAGUAUUUUUGCAUUAUCGUGAAAGGCGUGCUGAUAAACACGAACGACAGGCUCAAUCACAUCGAUUCCAUUUUGAUGCUAUGUAG